AUGAGCCCCAUUGGUACCAUCAAGACCUACCCCAACAACGCCCGUGUCGCCAAGGCUUGCAUUGCUGCUGCCUACAACGGUUUGGAAUUCAACGUUGAACAAUUCGAUCUUGCCAAGGACAGAACCCCCGAAUUCUAUGCCAAGUUCCCUAUGGGUAAGAUCCCUGUCCUUGAAUCUGCUCAAGUCGACCUUUUUGAAUCUUCUGCUAUUGGCUACUACGCCGCAGCUCUCAAGGAAGAUUCUCCUCUUUUGGGUAAGAAUGCUGUUGAAAAGGCCUUGAUCUUGCAAUGGGUUCUUUUCUGUGAAACCGAACUCAAUUCCAACUUGGGUGGUUGGCUGUACCCUCUCUUGGGCUUCAUUCCUUACCUCAAGCCCUCUGUUGAUACCGCCACUGCCAACUUCAAGCGUGCCUUGGGUGCUUUGAACUCUGUUUUGUUGACCAAGACCUACCUCGUUGGUAACGAUGUCACCUAUGCUGAUAUCGCUGUUGUCACCAGUCUCUUCAACGCUUACACCAACUUACUUGAUAAGGCUGCUCGUGCUGAAUUCAAGAACGUCACCCGUUACUUCAACACUGUUGCCAACAAGCCUCAUUUCAAGAAGUAUCUCGGUGAAUUCACUCUCUGUGAAACUCCCUUGAAGUACACUCCCCCUAAGAAGGAAACCAAGAAGAAGGAAGCCGCCCCUGCUAAGAAGGAAGCUGCUCCUGCCAAGAAGGAAGCUGCUGCUGUUGAAGAAGAGCCUAAGCCUGCUCCUAAGCCCAAGUCCAAGUUGGAUCUCUUGCCUCCUUCCAAGUUUAUCUUGGAUCAAUGGAAGCGUGAAUACUCCAACAAUGACACCAAGGAUGCUAUCAAGUGGUUCUGGGAAAACUUCGACCCUGAGGGUUUCUCUAUCUGGAAGGUUGAUUACAAGUACAAUGAUGAAUUGACUUUGACCUUCAUGUCCAACAACUUAAUUGGUGGUUUCUAUGCUCGUCUUGAACGUGCUCACAAGUAUGCCUUCGGUUCCAUGAUCGUCCGUGGUGAAAACAACAACAACACCAUUUCCGGUUACUUCGUCAUCCGUGGUCAAGAAGUUCCUUUCGAAAUCUCUGACGCUGCUGACUUUCCCUCUUUCAACUUCACCAAGAUUGAACCCUCUCAAUAUGAAGAAAAGAAGGAAGAAUUCUACAAGUACUUGGCUUGGGACUUUGAAGACUGUGUUGAUGGCAAGGUCUUCAAAUAA